AUGAAUAAGUUAUACCAAGAACAACUUACAGAAAUGGAGUUUGAAAGAACAGAGGAAAAGUACCGUUCAAUAAAAGAAAAAUUGAGUCAGGCCUACAAAGACAUAAUAAUCGAAACACCAAAGGCAAGUACUAGUGCGAGCGAGUCUGAGGAACAAGAGCGGCUGGAAGACAAGAAUCGGCUCAGUCACCACAAGGGUUUAAUAUCAAUGCUAUAA